CUAUCGUUCGACUACCACGACGUGAUAUAAAAGAAGUCAUUCGAUCUUGAAAACGAUCUAAGUUCUUGCGGUUUUAGAGGCAACAUGACGCGAUUCAUUAUUUUCAUGUGCCUUUUGGCGGUACAGUUCAACCAUGGUCUUUCGGUGAAAACGGUAAUGUUUAUAAGCGGAAACUCUCUGACAUUAAAAGUCACAGAAAGAGGUGUCAACAAAUGUGUCGUAGAAACGAACAAAGGACGAAGAUAUACUUACAAACCUGAUUAUAAAUUUAUCGAUGAAAAUAACAAGCUACAUAGUGACAUUUCUACCUGUUCGCUUUCAAUAGCCAAGCCUUUUUUGAACGAUACUGGAUACUGGAAAAUCACGCAGUAUUACGAAAAUAAAGAAUUUCAGAUUUAUGACUAUUACAUAUAUUCUGAAAUGGUUGGUACAAUCAGCCCUAGUGAAACUAUAAUUGUUUACGAAGGGCAUUACGUGACUGUAAAGAUUGCAAAUCAGCUUGGAGAUAUAAUCGCCUGUAAUGUGACAAACUCAAAGAAAGAGACAUUCGAUAUUUUAUCCGAGAGCAAAAGAAAUGUUGAAAAGUACGGUCAUUGUGGUGUUCGAAUUUUGGUAAAUUCGGAACACCAGGGUAAAUGGCAUCUCUAUGCGAUUUACAAAACUAACGAGCUCGUAUCUGCUAAAUUCAAUCUUGAUGUACAAAAUGAGGAUAAAGUCAUAAAAGAACAGCAAAAUAUAACAUUGGAAUUGCGGUCACCAGCCAAGAUAACUCUCGACAGCAUUAAAUCGACGUAUUGUCAGCUGACAGAUUCUCAUGGCGUGAAAUUGCCCUUGACGAUCGGAAAAUGUGAAUAUGACAUUGCAAUCGUCACUCCGUACUACGACGGACUUUGGAAAGCUCGUUAUGGAUUAAAGGGAAGACUCAUUCCGGUCGAAGUCGACAUCAUGAUUACAACUUACGAUCCAGACGCUGUUAUUACUAACGUCAACGUCACUAAAGACGAAGUUAAUAUACUCUGUCGUGUACGCAAACGUACUCUACAGGAUGGUCUUCAAUAUUGUCUCUUUAUCAGCCCAAAUGGUACAAUGUUGCAAAUUAGUCCAGGUGUCGGAAGUGGCAAAUACCAGUUUUAUCAAGGAACAAAUGAGGAAAUAACUUGCGGUAUGACGAUUCAUCAGCCAGAAGAAUAUGAUUAUGGUGUAUGGAGAUGCGAGAUGGCAAUGAAAUAUCUAUCAGGAUUAGAUGCACGAUAUGGUUCUAUCUUGUAUCUUGACUAUAAUCAUCAAUCACAAGAACCAACGAAUCACAAAUUUUUAUUGCCAAGGAACAUUAAUACUUUUGCCGAAAAUGUGAUGGUUAAACGAAACGACAGUUUUACGAUCAAGUGUAGUACCAAUAUGGUCUUGAAUUAUUGUUGGCUCCGAAGUCCAAUUGGAACAACAUAUUCUAUCAUCAUGGACAAAGAAAAGAAAAAUGCUUUACCGCCUAAAACGCUUUUUUACGAGGGCCUUGGUUUCUCGCAAGGUGAAUGCGGUGCAUUUAUAAACAAUGCCGUGAACGAGCAUCAGGGUAAAUGGAGUUGUUACAUGGGUAUUAAAAAUCAUAGCGAGGUAGAAGCCGCCGUAUGGGUCACCGUUACAGAUAGUUACGUGUUUGCGGAAAAAAAGGAAGUGACGUUUAAUGGACGUAACAACUUGAAUUUGUCUUGUCAUCUUCUUACCAAUUUAAGUAAUAGUAUCGAUUAUUGUCGAUGGAUACGACCGGACGGACGUGGCAUUCACGAUGACACGGUGAAUCAUCGAUACACGCCCGAGAUGUACGAGAGACGUUGCCAACUAAUUAUUCUCGGAAAGAAAUUUCAAGCAGAGGACGUGGGCCGUUGGACCUGCGUCGCCGGUCUCACCGGGGAGAGCAUCCAAGAGGUGUCUACCGGCAUAUACGUAAAUACGUCGCUUAUACAGUCAACAAUUCUAACCGGUAUCAUAAUCGGUACUUUCGUCUUUUUUAUCAUCGCUGUGAGCAUCGCCAUUUUUACGAACUUCUGUAAGAAGAAAUCAGCCGCAACUUUAUCGAAGUAUCCACCUCCAUACGACACGGUUAUACAUUAAUGAAAUCCCAACGAAAUCGAUGAUGUAGACGCGAUAUAAUUACAAGGACUAAAUCGAUACAUAUACGUGUCGAACGAUCGAAUCCGAAAUCGUUCCGGAGGAAUCACUCAUCGUGAAUACGUUAGAACGUAGGAAAAAAGCUAUGCGAUUUCUAUGGGAAUGUCGAUGGUAAAGGUUUCUAACUUCGCCGAUAGACAGUUCAUUUAUUCUGUAAAGUUUUAAAAUCUAUUGUACGAGAGUUUAUUAAAGGUUUGACGUUCCUUCUAAAA